CUUCCUUGUUUUGAGUCGCCACUUCUGUAAACUGACACCAGACUUUCACACGCUCUGAACUCAGUCCACCAUCAGAGACAACAACUGCGAAAUGGGAUUAACAGAGUGGGUUUUUCUAUUUUUUCUGUGUUUGUGUUCCUCUAGUAUCAAUUCAAAGCCAACUGCCAAGCACCAUGUGACCGCCAACGACAGACCCAUCAUUGGGAUUCUGACGAUGAUAGUCAUGGACAAAGACCUCAAACCAUUUGGUGAGACUUUCAUAGCAGCAUCCUAUGUGAAGUACAUGGAGUCAGGGGGCUGCAGAGUGGUGCCCAUCAAGCUGACACUGACUGAUUCAGAGUAUGAAAACAUCUUCAACAAGAUAAAUGGCCUCCUGCUGAUCGGUGGAGCGAUCGACAUCGAGACGUCAGAGUUCGCCAGGGUGGCCAAGAUCUUCUACAAGCUCGCUUUGGAGGCUAACAACAAGGGAGACUACUUCCCCAUCUGGGGUACCUGCUUAGGCAUGCAGCUGCUGACGGCACUGGUGGCAGGGAAGGACCUAUUGUCCAUUACUCCAGCGGAGAACGACAUGAUGCCUCUGAACCUCACCCAAGAGGCAUACACAAGCAACAUGUUCGCUGACUUCCCAAGUGACAUGCUCACGGCUGUGGCCAAAGAACCCCUGACUGGGAACUUCCAUAAAUACGGAAUGUCUGUGACGACCUUUCAAGGAAACGAAGACCUGAGAAGCUUCUUCUCAAUUCUGUCAACAAACAUGGCUCACAAUGGAGUUGAGUUCAUCUCCACCUUUGAGGGCAAGAAAUAUCCCUUCUACGGAGUCCAGUGGCACCCAGAGGUCAGCUGUUACAAGUGGAGCAGGAACAAGAACGUGCCUCACUCUCCCAAUGCAGUUCGCCUGACCGCCUUGCUGGCAGGGUUUUUCGUCAAUGAAGGGCGGAGAAGUCUCCAUCGCUUCGAUGACAUCGAAGAAGAAGAGGCAGCGCUGAUCUACAACUACCAGCCGGUGUUCAUUGGAAACAUAUCGGGACACGAGCAGGCCUACUUCUUCAGAAAUUCUACAUAGGAAGUUGUUGCAUUACAGAUGUGCGGUGAGGUAUUUUCAAAUUGUCUAAACUGAAUCACAGAUCAGUAAUGUCAGGUGAAUCAAUGGGUGAAAUGAGAGGGAGGAAAACACGCACACACUGGAAACAGGGUCUAGAGAGACUCCUUUUUGCAUUUCCUGAAUCAUGCUUCAUCACAAAUAGAGUGUUACUGGUAUUUUUUCCUUCCAUCCGUGCUCGGAUUCUCCAGUAGGGGUCAUCAUUGUGCCGUUACUGAAUGUCCGUCUCAGCGCUUGGAACGAGGUGGUUGUGUCUCCUUCUGAUCAAUAGCAGAAGCCACUUGUUUUUCAUGUGACAUGGGAUUAAUGGUGCUGUGGCAGUUUUCUCAUCAAGUAAAAAUCUAUUUCACUGUUGUCUUAAAUCAAUUGUUGCUCCUAAUAAACAUGUUCCUCUG